AUGGUGCUUUCAGUUCUGGUUCAAAACAAAGCUUUUUUGAAACGUUUGAAAGAAUCAAAAUUUGAUCUGGCUUUUGCUGAGCACACGGGUCUCUGCAGUAUUGGACUGAUUCACGCUGCACAGAUUCCUGCCUGGAUAUGGAUGAACAACGCUGCCAUAAUCGACUACAUUGCAAACAUUGUUGGAUUACAUACUCCUAGCAGCUACGUGCCACCAAUACUUUCUCCCGUCAGCGAUGAAAUGACAUUCUUGGAACGGGUUCAGAGUUUUGCUACAUGGGCAGUCUUACCGCUUCUCUAUAAAAGAAUGAUCGCUUCUCCUCAGACAGAAAUCUUCAAACGAUAUAUUGAUCCAGAUUUUCCUGAUCUUGAGGAACUGGCAGCUAACUGUCCUCUAGUGAUGGUAAACUCUGACGAGGUGUAUGCAUUUCCUCGGCCAAUACUACAUAAGAUUGUUUACAUCGGUGGGCUAGGUAUACGGGAAAGCAUCGGAAAACCACUAACUGGGGUAGACAGCACAGGGGAAGGUGAAGCAGGUAAAGUGAGCAAAGCUGUUUGCCUCCAAAAUCGUUUAUAUGUAACAGGAAUCGUCACUGAAGCACCGUACUGCGUGGAGCAGUUAAGUGUGGAUUAUGCUGUGCUACAAAUUGUUCUAGCUUAUUCUCACUUAGUGCACCUCUGUUUCCGCGAGAUGGGGGAGAAACUCAAUUUGAUUUAA